UUUGUGAAUCACAGCCACGGUCACACCGUCAUAUGGAACUGAGAAAAAAACUACACGGCACGGUAGUCCAAUUAAGUUAAUUUUGUUAAGUAAACAUACAAGUGCAGAGUCGCCGCGCACAUCCACGUAACCGUGAGGCCGCCCACUACUCAGUUUUCACCCGUUAACCAGUGCGCGAGUCGUUGUUUCGCCAACAUUGUGGUCCACGUGUGGAAAUAGCCAGGAAAAGCGGAGGUGCACGCACACACACACACAUAAGCGCGCAGCGAGGAACACGUAUACAAAUGCGCGCGAGGGAAAACCGCUAGGUCAGAGGAAAGUGAAAAGUGAAACGUGAAAAGCGAAAAGCGCGUCAGGGAUUCGCAUUCGCACGUAACGCAGCGCGUAACUCGAAGGAAAAUGCCGCUGCUCGCCUAUCGGGAAAAGCACAUCCUGAGUGCCCAGCAGCUGAGGAAGCUGAGCGAGCACAAGUACUCCUGCACCAGUGCCAGCCUCCUCGAUCCGCUGCUGCAGCCCUGGUGGAACUGGCUGGUGGCCCAGACGCCCCUCUGGCUGGCCCCCAAUCUCAUCACCAUUGUGGGACUGAUUGUCAAUGUGGUCACUACGCUCAUAUUAAUCUGUUAUAGCCCAAAUGGCGUUGACGCUCCGCCACGUUGGACAUGUCUGCUGUGCGCCCUGGGUCUGUUUAUCUACCAGAGUCUGGACUCCAUCGACGGGAAGCAGGCUCGUCGCACGAACACCUCCUCGCCGCUGGGCGAGCUCUUCGACCACGGCUGUGACUCCAUAUCGACGGUGUUCGUGGCCGUGUCGGCCUGCAUCUCCUGCCAACUGGGACACUAUCCCAACUGGCUCUUCUUCCAGUGCUUCUGUGCUAUAGCCCUCUUUUACUGCGCCCACUGGCAGACGUACGUGUCCGGAACGAUGCGCUUCGGACGCAUCGAUGUGACGGAGGCGCAAUUCUCGAUCAUAGCCAUUCACCUGGUGUCGGCUGUGCUGGGCCCUGAGAUCUGGCUGACCAAGAUCGGAAUUGGCAGUUUAGAGCUUUGGUAUGGCCCGGCAAUGACGACCAUUGUGUGCGGUCUGAUCUCCCUAACUUAUGUAUUUUCCGUCAUUAAAGCCGGUGGUGUUGGCAAGAAUGGUUCGACAGUUGCUAUACCAAUCGUGGGCCUUUCAUGGAAUUAUACAAUAUUAAUAUUUAUCACAUUCGGUUAUACCUUGAAUAUAAUCAAUUUCUUAAAAAUGUUUACUGAAGGCGGCAGUGGCAAAAACGGCUCCACAGUUGCUCUACCGUACUACGACUGCGAAACUCGAUUUCUGCCUAUUUAUGUGGCCUGCGGCGUUGACUUUGUUUUAGCACUGCGCUACUCCAAAUGCAUUUUAACAGAGGGUUGUGGCAAGAACGGAUCGUCGGUUGCAGGCACCAGUGUCCUGUCGCCCAGCAUUCCGCUCACGUUGGUGGUGCUGCCCGCCCUGAUGAUCGCCCAGAAGUCGCCGCAGAACAUCUUCACCGAGCACGCCUCGGUGUACAUCAUGGCCUUUGGCAUGGUGGCCGCAAAGGUCACCAACAAGUUGGUGAUUGCCCACAUGACCAAGUCGGAGAUGGAUUACCUGGACUGGUCGCUGCUCGGCCCCGCGCUGCUGUUCCUCAACCAGUACUUCAACUGCAUCGUGCCGGAGAUCUGGCUGCUGUGGUUCACCCUGAUCUGGGGCACCCAGGAUCUGCUGCGCUACUGUGCCCAGGUGUGCCUGGAGAUCUGCCAGCACCUGCGCAUCGAUCUCUUCCGGAUACCGUAUACGCCCAAGGGCGUGCCAACGCAUCCGGCCACCGCCUCCGUGAGCAGCCAGAGCAACUUUGGCAGCAGUGUGGACAAGAACGGCGGCACCGCGCAUCGAAAGUCGAAGAGCAAACCCCACUAGGUUUCUGCCUUCCCCGCUACAUUAAUUAGUUCUCUUUUACAAUUGUACGUCGUUAGAGCCGUGGGAUACUCGUAGGAGCAGGCGGAGCGCAAUUUAAUACAAACCAAACCCGUUAACACAACCCAACAAAAUUCACCGUCGAUAUUUAAACAAAAAAAGGAGAAACACAACCAAACAAAAUGAAACAAAAAAAAAAAAAAACUAAACAAAACAAAACAAAACCUAUAGAAACGUUAGCGAAAGAGCGAUGCAAACGGUUGCUCCUACAUUUUAGGAUAUAGUUUACAACACGUUGUUGUAGCAAGUCAAAGAAUUCGAGGUGGCUAGGACUCAUGGGAGAAAGAACUGUUGCAGUCUCCGAUAUCAAUUACAUGGCUAAAUAUAUAAAUAAAAAUAUAUAUUUUGUAUGAUUGUGUAAGUUGUAAUAAAUCCAGAUUGCAGUAUUUUUACUGUGCUAAA